GCGGGAGUCGCCGCGGCUGCCGCGCCGCCCUCGAGUUCCCAGCGUGAGGAGGAGCUGCAGGCGGGCAGAAGCAUCGCGUUGGAGGCCGGGACCGAGAGGGAGCCCCGCGCGCGGCCUGGCCUCCUCCACCUUUACUUUCUGCUCGAGGGCACAACUGCGGCCGGGCCGAGCGCGACUUCAUUCCUACCUAGCAGAUCAGUUGGAAACAUGCAGCCUUUGGGGGCGGAAUGUUAACAGGCACUGGCAGGAGCGGAGCGGAGCGGAGCGGAGGGGUGUUAUGGACAAAAGUCGUCCAGAGAUACACGCCCACUGCUAUGGACAGUGCCAUCACCCUGUGGCAGUUCCUUCUUCAGCUCCUGCAGGAGCCUCAGAAUGAGCACAUGAUCUGCUGGACCUCUAACAAUGGGGAGUUCAAGCUUCUGCAGGCAGAAGAGGUGGCUCGUCUUUGGGGGAUUCGCAAGAACAAGCCCAACAUGAAUUACGACAAACUCAGCCGAGCCCUCAGAUACUAUUAUGUGAAGAAUAUCAUCAAAAAAGUGAAUGGUCAGAAGUUUGUGUACAAGUUUGUCUCUUAUCCAAAGAUUCUGAAAAUGGAUCCAAUGACAGUGGGCAAGAUUGAGGGAGAUGUUGAAGCUCUGAACUGCAGUGAUGUUGGCAGCACUUCCAAAGAUAUGGAGAACGGGCCCAAAGAGAGACCUCAGCCCGGUGCCAAGACCUCCAGCCGCAAUGACUACAUCCACUCUGGCUUGUACUCCUCAUUUACUCUCAACUCUUUGAGCACCUCCAGUAAAAAGCUCUUCAAGUCAAUAAAGGUGGAGAAUCCUGCUGAGAAACUGGCAGAGAAGAAAUCUCAGGAACCAACACCAUCUGUCAUCAGAUUUGUGACAACACCUUCCAAGAAACCACCCCCUCAACCUGUCGCUGCCACCACUUCAACUGACCCAGCUAUGUCUUCAUCUUCUGAAGAAACCAUCCAAGCAUUAGAGACGCUGGUUUCCCCAAAGCUGCCUUCCUUGGAGGACCCAGCCUCUGCGUCCACCAUGGCUGCCAGUUUUACUCCCACUCCUCCCGUUCCAGCUGCGCCCCCUCCCUCAAAGGAGCCUCCCAGGACACCCUCUCCUCCACUGAGUUCCAACCCAGACAUCGACACAGACAUUGACUCGGUGGCUUCCCAGCCAAUGGAGCUUCCAGAGAACUUGUCUCUGGAGCCCAAAGACGAGGGUUCACCUUUGCCAGAAAAGGACAAAGUGAAUCAUUCAUCACGAUCCAAGAAGCCCAAAGGGUUAGAACUGGCGCCUGCCCUUGUGAUCACAGGCAGUGACCCAAGCCCGCUGGGAAUACUGAGCCCUUCUCUUCCUACAGCUUCUCUUACACCAGCGCUGUUUUCGCAGACACCCAUCCUCUUGACGCCAAGCCCCUUGCUCUCCAGCAUCCACUUUUGGAGCACUCUCAGCCCCGUUGCUCCCCUGAGUCCAGCCAGACUGCAAGGUGCUAACACACUUUUCCAGUUUCCUUCUGUACUGAACAGUCAUGGGCCGUUCACCCUGUCUGGCCUGGAUGGACCUUCCACUCCUGGGCCGUUUUCCCCAGACCUGCAGAAGAUAUAAUCUAUGCACUUGUGGCCUGAGAGACCUGAGGAGCACACAAAUGGAGAGACAGUCACCCCAGUGGCGUUGGAGUGAGAAGUUGGAGUGAGAAGCUAUGAUUUUUGCCAUUUCCCACUGAAACAACUUUUUCAGGAUUCUCUUCGAAUAGGUUUCAAGUUAGACUGUGUGAAAUGCCUUAAUUGGAGUCCACCUCCACAUCCCUUUCUUCUUUUUUAUGUUAAGCUAAGUGCUAAAGUAAUUUUGGUGGGGUUUAACAGCUGUGCUUUGCAAAAGUGAUUAAGAACAAAGUUACUCCUUCUGACUAUCAGGAUCCUUUGGCUAGGAGAAAACUGUGCUUAGAGUUUAUUAUUUUAAGAAAUACUAGUUAAAUGAAAUUGGCUGUGUCUUUAGGACUGAGUGUGCUCUUUUGAAUGAGUAAAAGUGAGCUGUUUAUAAGCAGGGGGAGAAAAAUAAUCCAUUCCUAUUCAUACAAAAUAAGAUUGGAGCAGUACCAUUUGUGCAGACUGUUUUGCCGUGAACUGCAGCAUGUAGAAGCAGUUCCACGGAAGGCAUCUGUUCACAAGGUUGCAGGGGUCUCCUAGCUGUGCUUUAGAUCUCAUCUUCACCUUUCAGGAGCACCACGUGGAGUUCAUCUGUUUCAGCAUAAGAGCUUUAAGCCUGGGAUUUGAGGUGGCCCUUAGACCAUCUGGGAGACAAGCACAGAAAGGCCACCUUCCCUCUGGUGAUUCUAUACCUACGGAGCACAACAUCAUCAGGGAUGACUUUUAGCAGGAUGGACUUCGUUUUGAGAAUUGGAAGCUUCUCUAAGUAAAAGGUUGAGUUGAAUACCUUGGAACAACAUUAAGGGCUUGUCCCAGUUAGAAGAUUCCCUGGUUGAGGGACCCUUUCUCAUUUCUGUUCCUUUUACCCCAUUUUCUGCUGUAUGUUUAUCACCUUUCCUUCUAAAUCUGAAGCUGUUAGAGGUUGUAACAGUAUUAAAAUGUCAGUAGGAAGGUGGAAUGCAGAGUGAAACCUUCAGUCAGUAAUGAGACGUGUGCUUGUGUCUUUCAGUGUUUUCUUUUUAUUAGGAUCAGUUCAUUUGGUAAUAUUUAUACAUAGGAAUUGGAUUGUUUUAAUUAGCAUUAGAAAAUGUACGCCUUUAUCUCUGUAUUACCAGAUUUAUAAAUUUUUGUUUAUUUUUUUGAGACAGGGUCUUACUAUGUAGUUCAGGCUGGCCUUGAACUCACUGUGUAGCCUAGGCUGCCUUCGAACUCGUGGUAAUCUUCCUGCCUCAGCCUUCUGAGUGCUGAGAUUAUAGGCGUGCGCCACCACACCCGGCUCACAUUUAUAAAAUAUUACCAUAUGGUAAUCUGUGCGAGGUGCAGACAAAUCUUUCGACCUCCCAGACUGAAUUGGUACCAGUGACACAUUGGAUCCUUUGAAAAAUUUGGCUUUUAAGUCCAGGCCUAAAUUAUAUGCUGUCAUUACCACCAUGCCACUGAACUAGUUUUUGUUUAAGUUACAAAGAGGUUUAUUUGGCUCACUUUCAGCUUUGGAAGCUGAAAGUCCAAAAUCAGCUCCAUCUUGUUAGCCUCUCUGAGGGUCUUCUGCCUGUGCCCGUCAGCGUGCGGACGGCAUCUCUGGGCGGUAGGUUGCACGACUUUUAACCCUAUAACUGAGUCACGAGCUAAGCAGCAUGAAGGGGUAAGGAUUUGAGGGCUUGAAAUGACACUGAUACAAAUCAGCGUCUCCUAGAUACACAGUAUUCACUUUAAAUUUACUUGCAGACAGUGCAGAGAAGCUCCUGGGUAAGGCAUUUCAGCUGAAUCGUUAGUUGUGGAGGGGCUGCUCAGUGAGCUGCCUUUGGAUGGCAGUAUUGGAGACCUGUUACUGUUUCAGUUGUGGUUGUCAGCUGCAGGUUCUCUUCCCAAGAUGUGCAAUAGUAGUGUUGAGAGGAAGUGUUCAGUAGUGAUGGGAACAGACAUAUUGAACUGCUUUUUCCCCUGUUGAAUUAUUUAGUUUGCAUGCCUUUUUGAAAUUAGAUCCCUCAGCAGCACUUUGUAAUAGUUUUAUUAGGUUAACAUUUUGUACAGUAAGUAAAUAUUGAUGGCUGAUUUAACUGGAUGUUUUAAAUUCUGAAAGCACAAAAGUAUUUUUAUCUCUUUGAAUUAAAGGAAGAAAGCCAUUGGUUUGUUCUUACAGAUGAUAUAUUUAAUGGUUUACUGUCUCAGUUUAGAAGUACUUUGGAACCAAGGGCACUGUUAAAACUCAGUCAGAGCAACUUCCUGGGAUGCGGGUUUAGAGUCCUUUUUCUAUAAGCCUGUAGCCAAAAGCCUCUCAGAGGUGUGAGGCCUUAGGAGGUGAUGAUCUGCUUUUUCUUUGAGAUCAGCUAAUUAGGGUAAGCGUACGCCAGUGUGUGUGUGUGUGUGUGUGUGUGUGUGUGUGUGUGUGUGUGUGUCCAUGUCCGUGUCCCUUUUUUAAGUCAAUUUACAACCUUAGUCAAUGUAUGAGGCAAACAGUUCCAUUUGUGGAUUACGUCCUUCCUGGAAAAGCUUCAGCUUCAUAUUCUUUUGAACAUCCAUAGACUUCCUGUUAGCUUCAGAAGGUGAAUACCUUGUACAGCCUGUACUUGCCAGGGAAAUUACCCUGGGUGCCUGCAGCCGGUGUCUGGCCGCAUCACUCGCCAGGGUGAGCUGUUGGGCAGAGGCCACCUGAGGUGAAGGAGGGAGCAGGCUGUGUGACGUCUUGAGAUCUCUCCUGUGAGCUUGUAGUUUUUCUUCCGUUUCGGCUGCUCUCCACUCAGCCAGGUGCUAGAAAUUGCUUAACCAGGAGGACCUUCAGGGGCAGGGAGACAGCCAGCACACCACGCCCUGUGGCCGUUUUUCAGUCCUCACCUUGAAGUCAAGAAGGGAUGUGCUCAGAGCCGGGGCCAGUGAACCACUGCAGGACUCCACCGUGGGGUGGCUUUUCACAUGAGUUAUAAAAUGUAUUUUUCUCCUUCAUAUGCUGAUUUUUAAAAAUUAAAAUCUCAAGUCUGACUUCAGUAGUCUUAAAAAAAGGUUUACCAUACUGCUUUUAUGAUGUUCUAAAAGGCAUGUUUUGUGAUUCAACAAAGUUAGGAAUUUCCAUUAAGAAAAGUAUAUAUAAUUUAAAAAUCCAGAGGCCCCCGAAAGAUCAGGCUUAAUCUUCUUAAGAGUUAAAAUAUAGGGUCCGAGGAUUUAGCUCAGUGUUUCUGCUGCCUGCCUCACAAGCUCAAGGUCCUGAGUUCAAUCCCUGGUACCCCCUAGCCCCCCAAAAGAGUUAAAAUAUAGGGCCUGGGGAUUUAGCUCAGUGGUUCUAGCCCCUGCCUUGCAAGCACAAGGUCCCGAGUUUGAUCCCUGGUACAAAAAAAAAAAAAAAAAAAAAAGAGUUAAAAUAUAGGUUUACCUUUUCCCCACAUUUUGACAGUUUAUAUAUAAAAAAAAUUUUUUUCCUUCAAAUUUUGAUGGGAAAAGUACGCCUAUGAGACUUACUGGAUUUUAACUGGAGAAUUCUUUGAAGAUCUACAUAUGAAAUUAGAGAUAAAAACCCUGAGGCUGGAUGGCUGUUGCUUGAAGCAGGGAUGUGGAGGCUGGAGCUGCCUCGCUCCUGCGUCCCGCAUCGCACUACAGGUGUCUGGUCCAGCAGUGUUGCUGCAUCCUGAUGGCGGAAUCUGAUGAUGAGUCUGAAGUUCUCAGAAAGCAGCUUUGUUUCUGGUGAUUUGAGCACCUUUAAAGGCACCCAGUGGUGUUUCAAGAAAGCAUCCCCAGCCUUUUAGAACACACACCUUGAAGUAUAAAAGUUUUUGAACAGAAAAACUUUCCCUGUUUCAAGUUCACAUGUACUUAAGUUGUUCAUACUGCUUUUAAAGUAACACAUGCAAUUCAGAAUGCACACACAGACGAAGUGUGGCGUGUGAAGUCAGCCUGGCAAGGCCAGUGCGCCUUGCAGCACACGUUCACUCCAUUAGGGUCCUGGACUCCGAAUCUUCGGUUGGAUCUUGGCAAAGGUGUAGGAUUCUUUUUUUGUGUGAUAUAUGGGAAAAUCCCAGAAGAGGUUGUCAUCAGUUUUUGAAAUUUGGACUAAUUCUUUUCAUAAGUUGCCAAAUGACCCAUUACCAAAUGUUUUCCAGAUCUCCAUGCAUAUUAUUUUUAAGAGCCUGUUGUCUCUGUCAUCUUUGUGUUAGGUGUGACUUUUUAUCUUGCUAUUCUGCUUAUAGACUUAACCUUAUAUUUUGCCAAGAAAUUCAGAAUAUUUCACGUUGCUUUAUGCUAAAAUAUACAACUUCCACUUUUUUUGCUGUAAGUUUAAAUUUUGGGGGGUGACAUUUCAGCAUCUGAAGGAAUACUUUUCUUGAUAGCCUGUUUUUUAUCCCUUUAUUUACUAUAUGUUUUAUUUACCUAUGCCAGAAUCCUUCAGUGUGGGAGCAAGUGUGGGAUGAAGCCAGUCUCUGAGCUCCGGGGAAUCCCCAAACCAGCAGGAACAUUAGCAAGUAUUCCUCCUGGGGUUGGUAUCUGGGAGUACGCCGGGAGAUGCUGUUUCUGACGGGUUGAUCCACAGCAGUAAAUGAAGUGGAAGUCACCACAACUGGCUUUCUUCAGCAGGUAGUCUGACCAGAGAAUGAUUUCUGUGGAAAGUAUUUAGUUAGUCAUCUUCUGAAAUGUUUUGUUUUUCUUUUCAACGCUGGCAUUGCCUGAAAUGAGGUGCCCUGUUUGUUGCUCCUCUCGGGUCACUGGAACUCUGCUUCCUGAAGGUGAAAU